AUGCCAUCAGGAGAAGCUCAAGGCCAAGGCGAAGAUCCUGGCGCCCCUGAUGCACAGCCAUCGCAAGGAGAUGUGCCGCCGCAAGAGGAGCAUGCAGGUGCCAAGGAGGAGAAGGAAGAGACGUCAGAGAGCAAGAGAAAAGUCUUCACCCCUCGCGAGCUCUAUCAGGCUAGUGUCGAGAGCAACGCCGCUGUCGACAAGGUCAAGACAGCGGCCAGUGCAUCCUUGGCGCUCAGUGGUUUUGGCGUGUUGGCCUGGCAUCAUUGGGCUACCUUCGCCACGUUCAACUGCCUGGGUGGUGGGCUCGUCCUCUUGGGUGCUGCUCUUGCACCCAGAACAGCGGGAAGACGCGCGCUGAGUGGCAACAAGAAUGGCGAGGGAUACUUGAAGCUAAAGCUGCUCAACAAUUCUGAGCGUUGGAAGGUGGAUCAGAAGGCUCUCAAUGAGUUGCUAGGCAUCCAGGCAGCGCCAAGUGAGCUGCUGAAGGCACAGAAAGCAGAGGAGAAAGAGGAGGGGAAGCAGUUGAAGGAAGCAUUGGAGCAGCGAAACAAGGAGAUCUCAGAGGCUGUUAAGGCCGGCGAGACUGUGUCCUCUAUCCAGGCCCGUCUCCGACCCAGAACCUUUGUGUUCGAUUUCCAGCCUCCAAUGACAGGUAUGGCGAGACCUGACGGCAUGAAGAAGGAGCUUGAGGACCUCCGAGAGAUCAUCUCCUUCAUUCUGCACUCGGCCAACAGCCCACAUGACCAGGCCGUGGUUCGGAUUGCCUCCCCGGGCGGCAUGGUGGCAGAUUAUGGCUUGGCAGCGGCGCAGCUCCUGCGGCUGCGGUCUAAAGGGUUGAAAUUGACUGCAUGCGUUGACAAGGUUGCAGCUUCAGGUGGCUACAUGAUGGCCUGCGCAGCGGACACUGUUGUAGCCACACCUUUCUCCCUUGUAGGAUCAAUUGGAGUAUUGAUGGCCACGCCAAAUUUCUCCAAGAUUCUGAAAAGGAAUGACAUCGACUUCAUUCAGCUCACCGCGGGGAAGUGGAAGCGAACAGUGGGCCCCUUCUCGGAAGUCACUGACGAAGCCAGAGAAAAGGCACAAGAGGACAUCCGCAUCGUGCACGAAGCGUUCAAAGGCUUGGUCCAAGAGCAGCGUGGUGGCCUCAAUGUGGAUGAGGUGGCCACCGGCGAGGUGUUCCUUGGGGCAGAGGCCAAGUCCCGUGGCCUGGUGGAUCGCUUGGCCACCAGCGAUGAGGUCCUUGACGAGUUCAUGGGUGUGUCAGACGUCAUUCAGGUGUCCGUCGCAGCAAAGAAGAAGGGCGUGCGGGAAUUGCUGGAAGGCAGGCUGGAGGCUGCAGAAGUCGCAUGUGGUGCCUUUUGGCAGCGCCUCACUGGCUCUGGCUCGGUGGUCCUGGAAUCAUCUGACCCUCAGAUCCAGUGA